UAACAUGUUAGCUGAAUUAAAAAUAUAUACAUGUAGGUUAUCAACGUCGUUCAACUGUUAGAUUUUGUCGACAAUUUCCGAGGACCGCCCGACUCGGAAACUGGUUUUUAGUACUCCUCGGUUGUGCUUCACGUCGCCACCUUAUAAAUGCCCAUUUUUCCUUCAACAUAGCAGUGUUGGCCAUCAUGGGUCCACGAUACAGAAAUCAGGGAUCAAACCGUCUCACAAAGGCCUCGCAAGGCGAUGGUAAAAAGAUCAAACAUAAUAAAUCCCUUAAAAAUAAGGUCAGAGACGUACAGAGACUGCUUAAAAAGAGUGAUCUUCCAGCAACAGUGAGAGUUGUUCAGGAACGCAUGCUUGAUGUCCUAAAAGAGACAAUUAAAGAUAAAGCAAAAGAAGACAAGCAGAGAAGGAUUGAAAAAAGAUCUAAAAAAGUCAAAUUCUUUGAGAAAAAAAAGAUCUUUAGAAGGUUCAAAUCUUGUAUGAAAGAGCUCAGUGAUGCAGAGGAUAUUGAAACAAGAAAUUCUGCUCUGAAAGAACUUGAGGAGAUCAAGCAGCAGUGGAAUUAUGUUCAACAUUUUCCAGAAAACACAAAGUAUAUUUCAUUAUUUCCGCUGACAUCCCAUACUAAUGCAGAAAUUGUUGCAAAACAAGAAAAAAUCCAGGAAACUAUUGCAAAGAAGGUGGAAGCUGGUGAGUUGGAGGAUGCAUCCAGUACAAUUUGGAAAAUGGGCAAAGCAUCUCAAAGAGCAAAAAAGGAAAAACCUAAUGUGGUAUUGAGUGAUGAAGAAUUUGGACGAGCUGCUACAAAAAGAGGCAGUGAAGAUGAAUCUGGAGAUCAGGAACUACCGCUAAAAGUCAACCAUGAAGAGGAUGACUUCUUUAUGGAUUCAAGUCCAAGCCCAGUAAAAAAAGAGGUGAAAAAGGAGAAGAAGAAGAAGUCGUCAAAGAAACUAAAAAGAUCCCAGUUUAAAAUCGAGAAGAAAUAA